AUGGACUUUCCUUACCAAGGGCCAGUCGAGAUCCUUAACGACUAUGACUAUGGCAGCAGGCUUUCUCAAUCUCAUCAGCAAAAAGUUUUAGGCAUCCUCAACCAAGAACGUGCAGCAAGAAGAGAACAAAUUUCUAAAGGCCAAAAUUUUUACAUCGACCAUAAUCAGUUUAAUGGAGGCUUUAUGAAUCGCCAGUCAACACCUAGAGGGAACUACCCUCAAAAUUUCUCAUAUGAAGAAGAACGUCCUCAGCCUUUCCAUAACUCUCAAAGUGUGAAAGCUUCCCUCGCGAAAGUUAGGAAUGAGCUUCAGGUUUCAAUUAAUAAAGGAAAAGAAAUUACUAACAAGCAUAUGGAAGAAACCAUUUCAGUGAUCCCAAGCAAAUUCAAGCCUAGAGAAGCCCAAGAACUGAAUAGGCCUGAUUUUAUGCAUAAUCAGUUAAAAGAGCCUGAUUUCGAACAGCUUUCAAAUAUUUAUGAACAAUAUGUAAAAUCACCAAGGAACUGUGAAAAAUAUGAGCCAAAUAAGCGGCAAAAAUCAAGGCAGUAUCACAGCGUGUCUCGAUCUUCAAGUGCCCCUCCUACAAAGAGAAAAUCUAUUGAGCAGAUGAUUCAAGAAAAAGAAGAAAAAUUCAGAGAGGAGUGCACUUUUCGGCCAAAAAUAAAUAAGCUGCCAAAAGGGAAAGGUCUUGAUUAUCAUGAGACUGAAAAGAACAUGAGCUGGGAAGCAAAAUUAAACAAUUUAGCCAGGCCUAAAACUGAUAUUAUAGAAAUGAGAGAAAGAAUGAAGAGAGAAAAAGAAGAACAAGAAAGCUCUAUUUGUACUUUUAAGCCGAAUAUAACGACUACUACUAGAAGUGUCAAUAGAAGUGUAGAAUUAACUGUAGAAGAGCGGCUUUAUCAAGAUGCGGAGUCGAAAUUCCAAGAACGAGAAAGACUGAAAAGGGAAAAAGAAGAUAUUGAAGCUGCAAAUUAUCCGUACCAGCCACAAGUCCAGGCUUCAGUUUCUAAGCUUGUAGGGACGAAAAAGCUAAAACCGCCACUUUACCAGAGACUAGAUGAAGUCCAGAAAGAAAGAAAUGAUACACUUCAUAGGAUUAAGCAGGAAUCUGAAGAAAAUGACCCUGAUUUGACUUUUAAACCUAGAAUUAAUGCGUAUUCAGCGCAGCUUGCGAGCUACAGGAAAGUGAAAAAUGAUGAAGAAAACAUGUCGAUCACUGAAAAACUAUCAAAAGAUGCAUCUGACAAGCUAGAAAGAAAGCAAAGACUCGCUGAAGCAUAUAGCCAAGAAGACGUUGACAGAUACACUUUUAGUCCACAGAUCUCUAUUAGCCACGAACUCGCUUCAGGCGCUGCAAAUUUCCCAGGAUCUGACCAAGACUUCUUAGAAAGGCAAAAACUAAUGCAGGAAAGAGUAAAACAAAAGCGUGAAGAACUCUUGACUAAACUUACUCAAGGCCAAUAUACUUUUAAGCCACAAAUUGAUAAAACUUCCCAUUAUAUAACAGCUUCAAACCGAGAAAGAAGCCAAGAAAAACUCACUGAUAAAUUCGAAAGGUGGAGUGUAAAAGACUCCGAAAAGCGUGCGAAUAAAGAAAAAGAGCUGCAAAAUGAGCAAUAUUCUAAAUAUACAUUUGAGCCUCAAAUCAAUAAAUUGUCAAAACAGCUCGGAAGGACUGCAAGUUUAAAUGAGCUCGCUUAUAAUGAGGAAUCCAAAAAGAAUUUGAAAGGGAAAGCUCAAGCCCAAGCUGCUGAAAUGGAAAAAGUUUGUAGCUUUACUCCAAAAACAGCUUCCUCUAAAAAGUUUUCUCAUAUCGGGUCGUCUUAUAGCCAAAAAGAAGAUAUCGUAAAAAUAAUUGAAGAGCAAAACCGCAUCAAGCAGCAAAAAGCAGAAAAUCUUAAAAAAAUUGUGGAGUAUGAAGAAAUGAGACCAUGCACCUUUAAACCUACACCAAAUAUAGGCAGGAUUUCAAUAGACACUCCUGUAGAAGUGAAAGGGAUGGACAGAUUUAUGGAAUUGAAAGAAAUUCAAAAGAGAAUAGAAAAUGAAAAAAAGGAAAGGGAAGAAAAAGUUUUUAUGAAAAACCCACAGAGGAGUAUUGAUGCGCCAUACACAGUCCCACAGCCUUUUAAUCUUCAUCCAAGUAACAAGAGAGAAAAAGUGGAAAAAAUUAGAGAAGAAAUAAAAGAGAGAGAACAAAGCAUUUAUACAUUUAGACCACAAACUAUUGAAUCGUAAGUUUUAUUUAGAAAAAACCGACAAUUUGUUUCCAAGAUGCUUGAAAAGCAGUUUUCAACAUUUGAUUAUGACUAA